GUCACAUGACUCUCGCCUCGCCGCAGACGCUGGAGGAUUAGUGGCCCAGGUUCUAAUCUCACACACGCCAUCACUUGCCUAGACGCACUCCGACUACACCUCGCAGGAUGGAUCUGCUGGAUAACGUGGAUUUUCCUGAGAUCCACUGGAUACUCGUCUCGUCAGUUGUCGUACUCUCAUCGGUCUGGUGGAUGGCGGGGCGCCAGAAAAUGACGUCCAAACCCUCCAACUUUCCGCCCUACCCCGAGCCACCAUCUUUUAUUUUUGGGCAUCUUUUAAAACUGGCAGGCGACAGCCGGCAGACGAUGAGAAAAUGGCGCCAGAAAUCCGGGGAUAUUUAUAGCCUCGACUUCCGGGGCAAGCACUACAUCGUCAUCAAUGGCUAUGACAAGUUCAAGGACGUUCUCGUGCAUCACGCAGACCACGUGCCUGAUGCCCCGCCCUCAUUCCUGACCCGGAUCUUGAAUGAAGACAACAAAGGCAUCGCCGAGUCCCGCGGCGACAACUGGAAGGAGCAGCGUAAGGUCUCCCUAUCCAUCCUCAGGGAGUUCGGUCUGGGCAAGAACGUGCUGGCCGAGCGCAUACAGAAGGAAGUCUCCAUCUACACGGACACGCUAGCCGGCUACAACGGCUGCCCGGUCGACGUGCGACUCCCAACCACCGUCAGCAUCUCCAACAUCAUCUGCGCCAUCGUGGUGGGCCGGAGGUUCGAGUACGACGACCCCGACUUCCUGCAGCUGAUAGGUCACAUGACCAACGCCGCCAAGUACUUCAUCUGGCUGCCGCUGCUCACCUUCUUCCCCUUCCUGUACUACCUGCCGGGCGACCUGUUCUACGGCAAGCGUCUGGUGUCCAGCUUCACGGAGAUCAACAGCAGCUUCUCGCAGGCCCACAUCCACUUGGCCAAGUCCCGGCGCCAGGCCGCGCCAGACAACUUCAUCGCCGCCUACCUGGACAAGAUGAGCCGGAAGUUGCAGGGGCAGGAGCAGACGCUGAUGGACGAGGCCAACCUGGUGGCGGUCAUCCGGAACUUGUUUAUCGCUGGCACCGACACGACCAGCGCCAUCAUCUUGUGGUGCCUGCUGUACAUGCUGCACCAUCCGGACAUCCAGGAGAGAGUUUACCUGGAGAUCAGAUCCCAGGUGGGCGAGGACCGGCCUGUGUCUAUACACGACAAGCCACGACUCCCGUUACUGAACGCCGUCGUCAUGGAAACACAGCGUCACUCCAGCAUCACGCCUUUCGCCACGCCGAGGGAGGUGAUCACGACAUUCGAGAGCCACGGGUUCACGUUCCCCAAGGGCAGCGUGGUGCUGCCCAACAUCGACUCCAUCCUGCACGACGAGCGGGUGUGGCAUGACCCGCACCGCUUCAGGCCGGAGAGGUUCCUCGACCAGCACGGCCACCUGCUGCAGCCGGAGCAGUUCAUUCCCUUCUCCAUCGGCAGGCGCGUCUGUCUGGGCGAGUCGCUAGCCAAGAUGGAACUCUUUCUCUUCAUCGCAGGCAUCCUGCAGCGCUUUAAGCUGGAACCGGAAGUUGAAGGGGAACUUCCGCCACUCAAAGAGGUCUACGGCGCCAUCUGCUCUCCUCAAGAUUUCCGUAUCCGGUUUGUGGCCAGAUGUCAAGAUGGUGACGUAGCAUUUCACGCGUGA